AUGGCACAGUUGUCAUUGGGGAGCUCAGAGCGGAGAAAGUCUAAUCUCACCCCUCACGUGGCCCUGAUAAGCUCAACAUCUCUUCUGCUUCCAAGAUUCGCUCUGCCAUUGACCUGGGUAAUCUACUGUUUUACGUCUGGCAAGUCAUGUAGAAUCCUCCUUUUUCAAAAUGAAGAGAUCGAGCACUGCGGUGACGGUGGGCCCACGGCCGACCAAGGCAUGUAUAAAUUGCCGACGAUUGAAGGCAUGUAUACAAACAAUAUGAAAUGUGAAGUAUCUGGAUCUCCUCCUUGUCGCCGAUGCAAACAGAAUCAGGUACAGUGCGUAUUCAAGCCACGGGCCAAUGCAUCUGCUAUACAUGGCUUGAUUGAGCUACAACAAGAUGCAAACCUUGCAUUUUUACCUGGAAUCGCCGAGCAUCAGUCAAUUCUGAACCGAUUGGCGAGAGUCGAGGCUGCACUGGGCAUCAGCGAGAGAGAAGAUGAUGAGGUAGCGUCGUCCCAUGGGAAAAGCCCCGAGGAGGAAGUGGACUCGGCCCCUUUGCAGGGGGUCUGGAAAGCCGUUGCUCAAUUACGGAUCAUGACUCGUUCCUCUUCAGAUGAAAGUGUCUGGUCCCAGCCUAUUGUCAAGCAACUUUGGAGCUCAUUUUUGAAUAACUUGCCUCUUCUUCACUUCCUUAAAAGUCGUGAUGUCUUUGCACGUCCAACGCCUCUCUUGCUUGCCUCGGUCUUGUAUAUCUCUGCGCUGCACCACCCAUCUUUAGACCUGGCAUCAUUGGAAAAAACGUACUUUGCGGCAACUUGCCGUGCUAUUGCAGAGCUUGUUGCUCCAUCUUUGCAACCUUUUUCAUCACAGACGACUCUGCACGAGGAUGAUCAACAUGAUAUUUCUUCGCAAUCGAAAACCCAGACCGCAUUUCACAAUAUCCUUGGUUUGAUCAUGGCAAGUCUGAGCUCUGAAGCAUAUAUUGAUGCCACUGGGAUGUGGAUUUCCAUGGCUUAUCGCAUCUGGUUGGAUCAUUGUCCCGCGGAAAUGAACGCUACAAUGCAUGAUUGGCGUGGUUUGUUUUCAGGUCUUCAGGUCAUUGACAUCGAACAUGCAUCAAUGCACAUGUCCUACCCCCUGGUACCACGACAUGCCCCUGCACCCGGAAUUCAAAGGCUAGAUAGCCACCAGGGCAAUGCAUUUCAGGGCCUCGCAGAAAUGAUGCAUUACGGUCUAAGCCAUUUUGUCGGCCGAGGAUUGCCAACUAUUUGGGCCUCCAUCAAUACGAAUGAGACUGAUAUCAUCACUGCCGUUCGAACUCCUUUUACUGAAAAUGACUCUCAAGUGAUCAGAGUCUGGGCACGGAAGCUGGAUGACUGGCUGGUGCGAUAUAAUGGCUCGUCUCAACCUACUCCAUCUGACAGACAGGGCAUUCUCAUAUUACUGCAAUAUCACCUACAUAAGCUAUACGUGCUAUCAAUUUAUCAUCCCGCGCGUGGAUUCGAUCUCAGCUCAACGGACAUCAGCUCUGUGGAGAGACACGAACUACUUGUGUCGGCUCGAGCUGUAUUAAGAUUAAGAGAAGACGAUGCAAGUAUAUGGUCGAACUGGGAUCUGGUGAUGAUCACCUGGGCCGCCAUACUCCUCCUUCGAGGCGUUGAAGACGGCAUGACCCACCAGGACGACCUUCACUUGAUCCAAUCCCAUCUUCAAAGCCUCGAACGCACAAACCAAUCCGCAGCAAGCAUUCACACAGUUCUUUUCCGUCGUCUUGAGUCCAGCAUGCAGGCUAUGCAUACACCGCCAGAUACCAGCGCGGCAUUAGCACUUCCCGGACCUAUUGCAAAUGAGUCCUGGACCAUAUUUGACCAGGAAAUUAUGGCCCUUGCAAAUCCACCGUGGUUAUUUGAUGAGAAUUCCGUGCAGUAUGAUUUUACGCCGCAGGCUCAAUGGGACUGUGCUGAGCAGGAUGCCGGAGCCUUGCCGUCUACUUUGAACCGAAUCUUUGGUGCCGAUGAAAAUGGUCAAAAUGGUAGUUCUUCAAUUUGA